AUUCAAACAAAGUAGCCCACAUGCCACUAAACUAUUUUGGCAAUUGUCCAAAUAUGUCUGCCAUUUUCCACUAUAAAUUAUCCUUCUUCCCUUCUCUUUCCCAUAAUCACUAUUUCUUUUUCCCUGCAUCUAUCUAGUUAAUUUUAUUGAGACGUCCUUAAUUUAAUUCAUCUUCAAUGGCUGAUGUUGUUGCUGAUGCUAAUAUGGACGCUGUUCAGCGUCGUCUCAUGUUUGAAGACGAAUGUAUUUUGGUGGAUGAGAAUGACAAAGUUGUUGGUCAUGAAUCCAAGUACAACUGUCAUUUGAUGGAAAAGAUCGAAUCUUUGAAUUUACUGCACAGAGCUUUCAGUGUGUUUCUUUUCAACUCGAAGUAUGAACUUCUUCUUCAGCAACGUUCUGCAACAAAGGUUACCUUUCCGUUGGUGUGGACAAACACUUGCUGCAGCCAUCCUCUCUACCGAGAGUCUGAGCUCAUCGAGGAGAAUGCUCUUGGUGUAAGAAACGCUGCACAAAGGAAGCUUCUUGAUGAACUCGGUAUUCCUGCUGAAGAUGUCCCGGUUGAUGAGUUCACGCCAUUAGGCCGUAUGCUUUACAAGGCCCCGUCUGAUGGAAAGUGGGGAGAACAUGAACUCGAUUAUCUUCUCUUCAUUGUCCGUGAUGUCAAGGUGAACCCGAACCCUGAUGAAGUUGCUGAUAUCAAGUACGUGAACCAAGAACAAUUGAAAGAGCUUUUGAGGAAAGCCGAUGCUGGCGAAGAAGGUUUGAAGCUAUCUCCUUGGUUCAGACUUGUCGUCGACAACUUCUUGUUCAAAUGGUGGGAUCAUGUUGAGAAGGGGACUAUUUACGAAGCUGCCGAUAUGAAAACCAUUCAUAAGUUGACUUAAAGAUGCACUACUUUUUGAGGAUCUGACAUGCAAUCAUCCCUAUAUUUUGUUGUUGUUGUUGUUGUGAGAAUAGAACAGUAGUAGUAACAUUGAGUUGAUCAUAACUUGUUGUCACAUACACAUGUCUUGGUUGAAUUUUAAUGAAGUUAGUUUCUUGUUUUGUACUUGGUAAA